CACGGAACUGAACUUUGAGCGUGCUUUGUACGACGAAAACAUCAACAUCGCUUAAAAAUCAGCUGACAUGGGCAGAGGUUAUAAGUUUGGAAUAUUUCAAAGCAAUUUUUAAGUAAAUUAAUUGGGCGACGGUGCUGCCAGACAAACCGCCUCCAGAGUGGCAGCUCUAGCAAGGAUAAAAUCCGUUAGAUUUAUACAACGUAAACAACAGCUAAUUAAACAAAAUAAGCGGUUUAAGCUAUGUUUCGAAUCCAUUGCAACAGGUGCUACUGUCAGCGCACCCUUGAGCCAACAGUGGUUUUCCACCUGACUCGAUGCCAGCACGUGCUUUGCGACACUUGUAUAAGCGAUUCCUCGUUAGAAAAGAAAUGCCCCAUUUGCAAGGAGGUCCUUAAUGGCAUUCCGAUCAACCGCGACAUGCCCCGAGGCAUGGCUGAAUACUUUGCGGAUCCCUUUCGGUUUCAGCAGCUCUACCGAAAGAUCAGUGAGUUCCAGUCCAACCAGCGGGCGUCGGACAACAUGGGAUUCUACCGUCAGAUGCAGCAGCACGAGAGCAAUAAGCUUCGGCUGGAGGGAUUCUCCAAACUGAAAGAUCAGCUUGACAAGCAGAUACAAAAGGAAAAGAAGCGGAUCGCCGAGCUGCGCGCCUACAUCGCAUACCACGAGGAGACAACUGAGAUCAAGCGACGACACAGCGCAGAUGAAAGACCCCAAUCCUCUGACUCUAUAAAUUGCAGCCAGAAGCGUCGUCGACGGCCAAGGACACCCUCUAUUACCACAUCCGACAAUACUCAAUCCGAUGAGGCCAUCGAGAGCUACUGGUUGGAUUCGGACACGGAUUUUUCGAUAAGGAAUAAGCAACGCCGAUCAGCGAAGCAAUCCUUCAGUGGGGAUGAUCAAGACUUUCGCAUUUAAGCGUGAAUAUACUUGAAUCGAAUAUUUAAUAAUGUAUGUAUUUAUUUUUUUAACCAUUAAGCAGUAUAACGCUGCAAACAUAUAUUAGAAAUAUGAUUUAGUCUUAAAAAAAAAACUAUGUUGUAUUCUGGCAGAGUGCGAUAACAGUAAUAAGCAAUAAGUACCAGAAAUAAAAUGUUACCCACCAAAGAUCAACAAGAUUGUUAUAUUUUACUUCAAUUCAAUAUAAGCAAUCUGCGUGCUAAUCUUAAAGUGGACCCAGCAAUCAUCAUCUCAAUCUGUGGAAAAUUUCGCGGGCUAAGGCACUCGAGAGAAUUUUUAGGCUUCUUUGGGGAUCGAAUGUAUUAUUUAGAGGUGUGGGCCAAUGUACUUUCACUACCAAUGUUCUUCUAUUACCAACCGAUAAAAGAUGAGGGCUUCGCGUUCUUUGUUGCUCCGAGCUGGUCCAAAAUCCAACAAGAUUACGGAAAUAGCUUUGUGAAAUCUUGUGAAAUCAGAGAUUAGGUGCAAAUUUAACAGCGGCAAUCAUUCCGAUAAUGGUUGCCAAGAAUGAUUCUUGGCCAAACCGUGGGUGGGGUUUGUUGUUGCUAUCUGUUCGAAGUGCACCGUCAAAAAUUGCGCCUUGCAAGAAGAGAGUACUCUAUGGUGGGUCGGAGAAAGGGGUGGUUUGGGGGAGAAAGUGCAGGUGCUGAGUAAACAAAAACCUCAAGGCAGCCUCCUAGUUUAAAUAAGCACGUGGGUGUUAAGCGGAAAUCUAGCAAAUUUCACUCUACAAAGGGCAAGCGCAUAAGUGGACAAAGGGCUAUUGUGAGUCAUGGCCAAUGGAGCAACCACCUGUGCGCAUAAUAACAAAACAAAACACAUCUACGGUUAAGCAACUAUAAGGUGACUGCCACAGAAAAUAGUUAACACUGAAAACAAGAUAAAAUAAAUAUCGAAAUAAACAACUUUUUAAAUCUAUUUUUAGAAAACACAAUAAACUAUUGUCCUAUCAAAUACUUGUAAUAAAUUUAAACUGAUAAGAUAUUUUGAUAAUUAAGAUAAUGGAAUCGGUAAUCAUUAAGCGAAGUUUCCAUUUUAUGACUAGUAGUUUACCAUCAACCCAAUUUUUAUAAAAAAAAAGUAGGAGCUUUAAGAUAAGACAUAAUAAUCUCCAAUUAAAGUUCAAUUUUGGAAAUAUUUACAAACUCGGAAUUUUCGAUUUAGUACUUAUGACUUUCACCUUAUGGAGAUCCUACUGUGGUUCAUUUUGCAUGCAUUGGAUAACU